AUGCGCGACUAUGAGGUGUACACGAGCGCGGCAGUCUCGAUCAUCGUUCUCUAUGGCAUCGCCUCUAUCGCACGUCAAUACGCACGGCUGAAGCACAUCAGGGGCCCCCCAAGCGCAGUAUUUACCAAAUGGUGGCUUGUGCGCGCCCUGCGUAGUGGGAGGGGGCAUCUUGAGUUCUACGAGGCCUACCAGAAAUAUGGAUCUCUUGUACGUGUCGGGCCGAGGGAUCUGAUCACGAGCGACCCAGACCUCAUGAAGCACAUGCUCGGCUACUCCGGCAAAGAAGUUGAGAACCUCGAAGGAAAAGUGGACGAGACCAUUCUUCGUCUUAUCGAUCUACUCGACCGCUAUGUUUCCGAGAACAAGGCUUUCGACUUCGGUCUGAAAGCGCAACAUUUCACCCUCGACGUCAUCUCGGACCUUGCUUUUGGUGAGCCGUUUGGCGAUGUGGCUUCCGACUCGGACGUCCAUGAGUACAUCCGCACAUCGGAGCAGAACAUGCCAAACGUCGUGCUGGCAGCAGUCCUACCUUGGCUCCUGGCCCUGCUCUCUUCGCCCUUGCUUCGGUGUCUAUUACCUUCUGACAAGGAUGCCAUAGGGAUCGGAAAGACGAUCGGUCUAGCUGGAUCCGAUACAACGGCGACCGCCAUUCGGGCGAUGCUCCUUCACAUCAUCACGAGCCCCCGAGUAUCCACCGCUCUUCGUGAGGAAAUCGAGUUGGCUAAGCCGUUGUGGCCCGUGAUCACAGAAGCAGAAGCGCGUAGCAUGCCGUACCUGCAAGCUGUGAUCAAGGAAGGGCUUCGGAUCUUCCCGCCUGUCGUGGGCCAGAUGUCCAAGGAAGUCCCCAAAGGCGGAGACACGUUCAAGGGG